UCUUAACUACUAGCGGUAGAAUCAUAGAUUAGGUGGUAGAAUUGGGUCUUAAACCAUCCAAAGUUGUUUUUAAUUAAAAAUACCUGAUUAUUUGAAAUAAAUAGUAUUUUAAAUAAAUAAUUUGUGUACUGCACUGCUUGACGUUUCUAAUUGUCAAAAUACAGUUGACGAGUUGACGUAACAAUAUAAACAAGUCUGCUAAAUAAAAUAAUAACAGUAUUUCUAACAAUCGGAGUUAUUAAUUCUAUUAAAAUAUGUGGGUUUGUUGGUAAUUUCACCUAGAAUGGGUUAAGUAGUUAACAGUAAGUGUAUUAUUUAAAUUAACGCCAGAAUGGAGUCGAAAACUGAUAAUAAUAGUGAAGAGAAAUCUUCGGAAAUAACAAUGGUUGCCGUUGCCGAGGAAGAGCCUUUGGGUUCUCUAACUUUACCCGAUGUACCGGAAUUAAAAGGGCAGCAAUUAAGAUCCAGCGCUAGGGUAUUUAAAAAAAUGAAAUUAGACACGGCUCCUUUAGUGGUCCCUGAGAAAUGCGAGGAGAAAAAAGAAAUCGUCAAAGAAAGUAAAAAGAAGUGUUUCAAACCUCUGUGGUCUUCUGACGACAAAACCUUGUUUUUCGAAGCGCUAAACGAGUACGGUAAGGAUUUCGAGAGCAUUCAACUGUACAUAAGCAACAAAUUUAGAAAAAAAGGAUUGCCAGAUCAAUUCAUCAAAACAAAGGAGCAAAUAAGACACUUGUAUUACCGCACAUGGGCUAAAAUAUCGAAAUACUUAAAAUUCGCUGAUGGGAUUAAAAAACCCACUCAAGAACUGUAUGCAUUGAUAAAUUACGGCGAAUUAAGGAAAAAGAUUGGGUCUGUCAAUGAAAAAUAUUUAGUGAAGCUUAAUAAGCUGAUUUACAAAGGUUCAAUAGUGUUGUCAAUAAAGGGUAAAAAAAUAAGAAUUAAGACCCCAUUCUGCAGGGCUCUAAGGAAAUUAAAUCAGCUUGAUGAUAAUUAUGAAGAAAUCAAAUUACCAAAUAGGUUGGCUGUAGAACUUAGACCGAAAGAUAUGGCAUCUUUUUUGAGGGUUCAAAGUACAGCUCAGAAUCCUCGUUUGAAAACAUAUAUGCCAUUGCAAAAGCGUUUGAGUGGACUGAUUGAUUGUUUGAGUAAAAAAUGGCAAAAUUUUGAUGCUGGGAUGUAUGACAAAGCAUUGGUUACAAACAACCCUGUUACUGCUACUUGUAUUCCCAGUGAGAAAGAGAUUGAAAUGAAUAGGGAGCGGUUGAAUCCACUUUUAAGGUUGACCCCUCCGCCAGGCUCCAAAAUCGAACUACCCUCGAUCAGUCUCGGCGAGUACUUCACCAGGCAAAGCAUCUGCUUCAAUUCACACGAAACGCGCUUGGGCCUUUCCGGCUACAACUCGUACUGCAACUACAGCAUUUACAAAAUGCUCAGUAAUCGCUCGAAAAAGGGCGCCAGACCUAGAGCAGACAGCGUCAGCGAUAAAUCUGAGAAAUCUCCGCAAAAGACAGUAGAAGAAAACUGCGAUACCACGGAAACCGAACCUGCCGGCGAAGCAAGCAAUAAAGAUAAUGCUGGAGUUAGUAAGGAGAGUGGUAGUAAUGUUAAAGAGGUUGUAGCAAAUGGGAAGGGCACGGCUGCAAAGCAUGGAGGUGAAAAUUCCGGUGCAGCGGCGGCUAAAAAGCAGGAGGACGUUAAAGUUAAUGGUGCUGCUCAGAAUGUGAUAUUGGAAGCUGAGAAACAGGAACGUAUAAAUGCAAUAAGACGAGGCUGGACCGCGAAAGAGAGUGAAUGCAUAACCCUAGGCGAAGCUUACCUGAUGUUCGGCCACAAUUCCACCCUCGUAUUGGAAUACAGCUGGGAUCCACAGAACAUACCUCCUCCGAAGAGUGAAAUCACAGACAUCAUUAAGACAGAACCCGAAUCUGAACCUGUCAUCCCACCACCAGCAUUGGAUUUGAGCGAACCUUUAUCGAAAUUGUUGUCGGUGGCGAAGCUCCACUACAGAAAGAACAUAAUCAAAUGUCCAUGCGGGCACGUAUGCGGUAAUAAAACAAACGCGCAACUGAAGAAAGACGUUGAAACGAAGAUCAGGAAGAUUUUGACGGACAUCGACAAGUGUACCGACGAAAACGAGGAAAAAGUCACCACCGUGUUCCAUAACGGCGAUAACGGUGGUACUUUCAUAACGCCUCCCGUAUAUUUGCCGCCUAAGAUACCGAUCAAUCCGUAUUUUCAAGCUAACACUAUGCAAUUGGCAUCUCAGAUAGCGUCUAUUCAAAGAUUGACUCCGAGGUAUUGCAACAGGAAAGGUCGUCGGCCGCGUUCCAAACAAGUCGUGGUAGAAAGACAGCUCCCUCUUCUUCCCAACAAUAUUGAAAGCGGACACCAAAUUGUACGAAUGAACAUCAUCUCGAAAGAAGACUCAAAUCCCCCUCAUACCGUAUCAGAAACCCCACCUUAUUCAAAACCAAUCACCAUCAAUACUAACAUUUUCAUUCCCUCCACAUCCUCGGAUUCGAUUAUAAAGCCCUUUGAAGUCCUCGAUGAAACGCUCAAAGGGACUAUCGACUUUGAGCCAUCCAGUCCUUCCAGAAUUCUAAAAGAAGGCGAACAAUGGAUCAACUCAGAAGUGGGAGACUACUCUCUGAGCAGUCUUUUGGGCCAUCUAGAGUCUCCCGUAAAAUCGGAAACGAAUAUAUUGAACGACGACUCCAGAAUGUCUCAGGACGUCGACGCUCAGCUCAGAUCGAUGCUGACUCAAAACAGCGUCGAUUUUUCGUCUAAUUUUGCCGAACUGGCGGCCCAAGUGGCUCGGGACAAACGCAACGACAUUGGUUGAA